CCAGAAACUAGCCACGUCUACAUUUAUAACGUAGAAGCCCAUUCCCCGAGAAAAAAAUAGUUCUCCGCAAUCAAAUGAGCAAAUUUGACUCCACGAAAAAACCCCCCCAAUUCGGUUUAGUAGGGUUUUAGGACCAACCUUCAGGCCAGAAUUCAUGAGAAAUACCCAGCAUCGGAUACGCAAGCUAUACACAUAGCCUGUAUCUAUAGUUAGACAGAGAGAUGGACAAGCAAAUUCUGACCCUUGACAAAGGCACCCGAUGCACGGCUUGGAAUUAUAGUGGCCAGAGACUUAUUGCAGGCCUGGCUGACGGCUCCUUGGUCACAUAUGACUCUGCGGAUCCAGCUUCUUCCGUUUUUACUUGUACCUCCAGAUUUAAGAUGUGUGUGGUGUUUGGUGAAAGGGCUCGGGGCAUCGUGAAAGUUGUGUGGAUCCCACCGGAAUAUGGAGAUGCAGUUGCUUGCAUUAGUGCCGAUGGGAAUCUGUCUUUGUGGGAGGAGGUCUCGGAAGACGAUGCACUUUUUCCUAAUUGUGUUCUAGCUUGUUGUGGAUACUUUGUUGCUGCCUUUUGUGUUGAAGUGUUAAAGAGUAAAAUAACUUAUAUUUGUUCUGUUCAUCCAUUAGAAUCCAAGGGUUGUCACUGGAAGAUGUGCAAAUGCUUUGAUAAUGGUACUAGGCAGGUUCUUGAUGUUCAAUUCGGAGAUGGUCAGACAUGUCUGAAAUUGGUAGCUGCAUAUUCAGAUGGGCACAUAGAAAUCUAUGAGCUGCUAGAUAUGCUUGAACUGGAGAAAUGGCAACUUCAGGCUGAAUUUCAAAAUGUGAUUGAUUUGGUUUCCAAGUUUGGGAAUGUUUCCUGCCUGUCUGCAUCCAUAUCAUGGAGCCCUCAAAGAAGUGAAGCCAAACAAUCAAGCUUUGUGUUGGGCUUUGGAUCAAAUACUCCACCUCUAAAUUCUCCAAAGGUUUGGGAGUUUGAUCUGGAUCAUCAAAGAUGGCUUCCAGUUGCUGAGCUUUCUUUGCCUGAGGAUAAGGGUGAUCAAGUUUAUGCAGUUGCUUGGGCACCAAACAUUGGAAGGGAUUACGAACUUAUAGCUGUUGCCACUCAAAAAGGAAUAUCAAUUUGGCACCUGGGUUCAGAACCCGAUCAGGAUGGAAGGCUUUCGGUGCAGAGAGUUGCAUUGCUCUCUGGUCAUGACAGCGAGGUGUGGGAGAUGGAAUGGGACAUGAGUGGGAUGACAUUGGCUACCACCGGAAGUGAUGGGGUUGUUAGACUGUGGCAGUCGAACGUAAAUGGGGAGUGGCAUCAGCAAGCUGUUUUGACAACCACAACUCAUUAGUCCUCUCUUUGCCCUGAUUAUUACACUAUCCAUCUCGAGAUCCUACUGUCAAGAUUUGUAACAUUAGGAAUAUAAAAGGUAAAUCGAAGAAUAUGUUCCAGAAGUUUUGGAUAUCUCCGAAAGGAAAAGACCACCUUUGAGGAAAUCUUGUGAUCUUUUGUAGUGUAGAUUGGUUUUGGAGUGAGAUUUGUGAUAGCUUUGGCAUAUUAAACUCUAUUCAUUAGCAUAUUCCUUUUCUUUUUCUCCUCCAAUAUACAGAAUGUGUUCAAUCCCUCUCUCUCUCUCUCUCUCACACA